AUGCCGUGCGUGAUGUCUUCCCCGGCGCCGGCCCUCGUGCUCCUCCUCCUCGCGGCAAGCAUGGCAGCUUCCCAGGCGGGGCUAAACUGCAGCAAGUCCUCUGCUUCUCCCUCCUCAUUACAAUCACCACCAACUUCCAGCACCACCAACAGCAGCGCGUACCGCGACAACGUCUUGUUGCUCCUGGACGCCCUCCCCGAUGCCGUGCCGCCCACAGGCUUCGCCUCCCUCUCCUUGGGCGCCGGCCCCGACGGCGCGUUCGUCCGCGGCCUCUGCCACGUCGAUUCCACACAGUCCGAGUGCCGCAAGAACCUGGAAGAAGCCGUUAACGACAUCGGCCGUGACUGCUCCUCCAGCCGGAGCGGGGCAGCGUUGUACGACAAGUGCUGCAUCACCUACGCCGACACCAACGCCUCGAUCGGCUACGAGGAUCUCUUCUUGGAGGUCCGGUACGAUGGCAACGAAGUGUCCGGCUCCGACCUGCUGGAUAGCUACGAGCGGACCUACCACUCGCUGAUUGAUGGCCUGGUGGCGCGGGCGGCCAAUGGCUCGGCGAUGUUUGCCACAGGCGAGGCUGUGUACGCACCCAGCGAUCCCAAAGGGACCAUGUACGGUCUCGUGGAGUGCAUGAGAGACCUCAGCGCCGCGGAGUGCGGCCGGUGCCUUCAGUUGUUGGUACAAAAGCUGCCGCUAUGCUGCGGAGGGACUGCGCAAAACUUCAACUGCCGACUUGAGGUUCACGGUCCGCCUCCGGCUGCUGCACAGCCGGGGCCAAUCUCCUCGCUCGGAAAGAGGAGAUUACAACAUGUCAUCCUUGUUGUUGGGACACUAUUCGUCAUAGUCGUCGUGCUUGCUUGUGUUCGCAGACAGAGGAAAAGGAUCAAGGCGAACAAGGAACAACAAGAUAACGCAGGAGAGGGCAUGAACUAUAUUAGUCUGCAAAUGUUAAGAGUUGCAACAUCCAAUUUUUCUAUAAACAAUAAACUUGGAGAGGGAGGAUUCGGAGAGGUUUUUAAGGGUGAAUUGCAGAAUGGAAUGAAAAUAGCCGUGAAAAGGCUGUCAAAGAACUCAGCUCAAGGAUUUGAUGAGCUAAAAAAUGAGCUUGUGUUAGCUAACAGACUUAAGCACAAGAAUCUGGUGCCGCUUCUUGGUGUUUGCUUGCAAGAGAAACUGGUAGUGUAUGAAUAUAUGCCUAAUGGAAGCCUACACACGAGCCUUUUCAAUUCGGAGAAGGCACAUCAACUGGACUGGAUGAAAAGAAAGACGAUCAUCUCUGGAAUUGCUCGAGGUCUAUUGUAUCUCCAUGAGGAGUCUCGUCUAAAAGUAAUACACCGCGAUCUGAAGCCAAGCAACGUCUUACUGGACCUGGAAAUGAACGCUAAAAUUUCAGACUUUGGUUUGUCUAGAGCUUUUGGUGAAGAUCAAUCGAUCGAUAUAACAAAACGCCCUGUCGGUACACUUGGAUACAUGUCUCCUGAGUAUGCAUACUGCGGCCAAGUUUCUACGAAGUCAGACAUGUACAGCUUCGGCGUCAUAGUUAUAGAGAUUGUGACUGGUCGGAGGAACAAUAGAUCACUUGACGAUGAUACUGCCUCCUGCAGAUAUCUGCCCAGCUACGUAUGGGAAAAGUGGAGAGCUGGCUCGAUGGAAGAGGUGGUAGAUCCUUCCCUAGGCGGACGUUACCCAAAGAGCGAGUUGCUAAAUUGCGUGCAAAUCGGGUUGCUAUGCCUUCAGGUCAAUCCCAGCUCCAGACCGGACGCGUCGGAGGUCGUCCUCAUGCUCGACGGCCACUCCACGUCCAUGACUAUGCUGACUCCCUCCAGGCCAGCAUUCUGCUUCCCACGACCUGGCGUUGUCAACCCGGUGCUCAGUUACCAUAGUAGGUAUGCUACAGCCAGCGGACAACUGCCUACCCCCGUUUCGGACAACGACAUGACGAUUUCUGAUCUCCAACCUAGGUAGGACGAUUUAAAAAAAGAAUGUUCAUUAGGGUGUAAGGGCACCCGGGAGCUAUCACAUCUUUCUAAAUCAAAUAUCUGACCUGGAGUGUGCAGUCCAUACAUGUAACUACUCAGUCUAGUUUACAGUAAUAAUUUUCAGUAAAAAAGAAUCAAGCAGCUACUUGAGAAGAAGAAAGGGCUUGGAUUAGUUUGUACAGAAAA